AUGCCUAACGAAGACGCUUCCGUGUCGCUACUGACCCGGCAGGGUUACUGGAAACCUUCGGCACGCUGCUACCGUUUCCUGCUGAUCCUGUUGGUCGGUGUUCUGAGUGGCAAGCUACUUACCACUGCCCGCGCAAAACCUACGCUGCCAUUCCAGCUGUCUCAAAUUCCCGGCUUCACGCACAUCGUCGAGCGUCGCCUAAUGGAUGCUAUGAAAACUUACAGCGAGCGUCGUUUAGACGUGGAAAGUCUGCGAAUGAUCUACUUUCACGACCAAACCGUGGCUGUGGUUGAGCUUGGGCCCGCCAAACGGCUCAUCGGAUGUGAGCUGAUCGAGAUCUAUAAUGAUGCAGACGGGGUGGAACUGUUACGCAAUCUGUCAACGAUAAACCGGCCGCUAGAAAUUUCUUUCCGCGAUAUGAUAAAGCUGAUGGAGCAGUGCGAGCAGAUCGAUCGGCUGAACGAGCGCAACAGCUACCGACCUGCGGAGGCCUCUGACUCUUCGCCGAUCGCUUAUCGAAUUGCGGGACCCGGGCGUGAUGUGCCGGAUGAGGAAAGCGGAAAUAACUCCGGUUCCACCACCAACGACAACGGUGGAUUUUUGUCCAUGAUCAUGAAAAAUCGCAGCAGUAAGCGAGGCAUCUUCUACUCGAGCUCGUUUUCGCUGCUCAGUGGUAUCAUACCCGGUACCAAGUGGUGCGGUACCGGGGAUAUUGCGGAGAGCUAUCACGAUCUUGGAGAGGACGCAUCGAUGGACCGAUGUUGUCGUACGCACGAUCUAUGCCCGAUGAAGGUCCGAGCGUACCAAAAGCGUUACAAUCUGAGCAAUAACUCUAUCUACACAAAGUCACAUUGCAAAUGCGAUGACAUGCUAUUCGAGUGCCUUAAGCAGACCAAUACCUCCGCAGCUCAAGUGAUGGGAUCAGUUUACUUCAACCUAGUUCAAGUGCCGUGUGUGGAAGAUACUCCUGGAGGUCCUCAGUUCCGCAAGGCGCGUGAAGGUUUUUAA